GGAUAGGUACUUGUUCCCGUUGUUCUUGUUCCAGUUGUUCUUGUUUCGGAUAGGUUGGUCAUCAUCAUAUUCUGCUCCUUCCUUUCCAAACGAAACAGCCUCCUUUUACUCUUGGCAAGUGUAGCUUUUGUUUUUGAAAGCUCCGUUGCAAGUUCUGAUGGAGCCACUACUUUGCUUUUGAUUCUUAGAAGACGCAAUAUUGAUGAUGGCCUAAAAUAUAAAAGUUAGUCAAACAUAAUCAGAAUCUUGUACAACUUUAACUCAAUAAAUAGUUAUACACUCAAAAAGUUACUUACUUGAUUUUUCUCACACGUUUGGCACUGAAUCGUUCAUUGACCACUGUUAGAGUAGAAACAUUAAUUUACAAUAUAUAUCGAAAAUUCAACAGUGCAUUACCAUUUCUAAAAGCAAAACAAAACAAAAACUCACAUAUCAAUCUCUUAUCUGAAGAGAAAGCUUCUAAUACAUCAUUUGCACUGUUCAAGAAAAAAACUACUUUGCCCUUGAAAAAAGGGUCAAGCGCCGCAUAAUGAGCACGAAUGAGACAUUCAAAACUGGUAGCAUCCGAAAUCUCUUUGAAAGAAAUCCCGACAAGAUAGACACCAUCAUCUGGCUUAGGAAGUGGAGCCACAGCUUCUUGGGCAAUGUAUUUUGAGUUGACAACUUGUUCUUCAGCUUGGUCUUCAGCUUGAAGCUUUGGAGUGCCUUUCUUCUUCACUCAACAUCUUUGGCAGUUCGACUCUAGGAAGCAUACCACACAAUGCAGACUCUGAACCUCUAAAUGUCGGACUUCUGGAAUUGUUAUUAAAUAAGAGUAUGUCAAACUGGAUAUCUGACAAUGUAGCUUUUGAUGUGCGAUCACAUUCAAGACUAGAUUUUGCUAUGCAGUACAUGUCAGAGUUGUUGAAAAAACAUCCAUGCUGGGUGGACGUCAAUACAAGACAUCUUCAAGCAUAUACUUACACUGAUCCUGAGUAUCAUGACUGCAAUAGAUUACUUGAUACGUUCCAGGGCGAAUUAAUGAAAACAGUUUUAUGCUUUCAGCAGAAGUUCUCUAUGAAUUCUAUUGAUCUUAUGAACAUAAUAUUUUUGUCUCUCAGCAACAACAGUUUGGAUUGCAUUGGAUAUAGUCUGUUACAAAACUAUAAUAGCAAAUAUACUUCAGAUGAGCAAGAAAGAUUUGGUAUUUGCUUCCAGGAUGCUCCUCUUCGCAAACGACUUCUGAAGGCCGCUGAGGAAGUACCACAUGCACUUUCUAGGUUCAUCAUUGUGUGUGGCAUGAGUUAUUUCUAUCCAGAAUCAUAUGCAGGGAGAGAUGAUGUGGCUAGCACACAUGGAUUUGGUUUGAUUAAACCUUUGGAGUUUUACAAGUGGAGUUUCAUUUGGUCAUUGUGGUGGCUUAGAGAAAUGAUGGUGCUGUUUACUCUUUCCUUAAAGUAUGCCUUUUCCAGAAAUCAUAUCACUGUCCUCAAUUUAUGUGAGAUAUUCUUAUAUUUUUCCUCAUUUUGGGUUCAAAGGAAUUUAAGGGGUCUUACUAUGAUUUUGACGCCUCUCAUAGUUGCAUGUGAUGAUGGAUUUAACCCUACCAGAAAGCUAUUCCCGGGUCAAAGAAGACCAAAGCCCAGAUUAAAGAAGAGCUUAUUCGUAUUCAAUGCUAGCCAAAGAUCCGCAUCAGCGAGUGGUGUGACGACGACCAAGCCGAAAGACAGAUCUCAUCACAGCACUUGUAGUAACCCUCCUAGUCCCACCCGGGUUUCCGCUACCCUUUUGACAAAGCUGUAUGCCCUAAUAGCAUGACUACACGUACCUAAUAUAUGCUUCUCAUGAGAUCAAUAUAGAGGAUCUCCUGGAAACCCUUAUCCAGAAUUCUAAAACUAUGACUUAUGACACUCCAUCUGUUGAUGCAGCAUCUCUUCAUAUUAAUGAUGGUAAAUUACCUAAAGAGGUUGUAGAUCUAUUGUUAUCGGUUCCAAAUGAAAAGAGAUGGCAAACCAUGGGUCUUUCUUUGUGGGGAACUGUAUCUAAUAUUCUGGAAAAUCAGCUACGAAUCAUACAUCCUGAACCUAGAGGUUGUAUAUUUGAUCCCCAAAAACCAUUGUCUUCAUCCAUCCUCGAAGGUACCUUCCAGGUUGAUAUGCUUUCAAUACUUCCAAGAUUGUUGAAGGAAACUUGUGGACAUAUAUCUGCUUACUGUGAAAAACAAUUAGCAUCAUUAAUGCUGGAAGGAGUAUCAAGAAGUGUUCAUUUGAGCCAUGAAUAUAAAUAUCUUGCUAAGAAUUCGGAUCAUAUAAUUGACAGUGUGGAUAUUAUGUCAAAUGAAGAUGAGUUAUCAUCUCCAAAGAUGUUUUGGACUCUCUGCACUGAGCUUUUGAAAGUUAAGGGAGACUUUUUACAAGAGCAUGGAAAUUUAUUGAAGUUUUUUACGCAGAAGUCCUUGAAUGAGUGGCAUGAUGUGUAUCCAGAUAUUAUAAGGGAGUGCGAAGCUGAUGAAGCUCUUGAGAAAGAAGAUAGGCGUGACAGUCCUAGUAGUGCUGCUGGAUCUCCUCUUGCAUGCCUAUCUCCUAAUGAUCACCCCUUUUUAAAUUCGGGUGGAAAAUAUCCAGAUCACCGAGAAAAGAUUUUGCCUUUCAAUAAUCCUAAAGAAAUAUGUAGAAGAAAUGGAGAACUCUUGGAGGCUCUGUGCAUUAACUCUGUUGAUCGAUGUCAAACUGCUCUUGCUAGCAAUCAGAAGGGCAUAAUAUUCUUUAAUUGGGAGGAUCGACUGUCAUAUGUUGAUAAAUCGGAUUAUCUAUGGGCAAAGGCUGACUGGCCAUGUAGUGACUGGGCUGGAGAUGAGGCCACAUCGACUACCUCACAUGUUUCACCUGAACUUGGGAUGAGGAAGAAAACACCAUUGCAGGAGCUUGGUGGAGCAACAGUUGGUGUAGGUUCUUUGACAAUACCCAAGAAAGAAUUUACAAGCAGUGUAACAUUUGGAGUUCCAGGCUAUGCUGGUAUCACUUCUGGCAUUGGUUGGGGAUUUCAAGAAGACUUUGUAUUUGCACGUCAAAUUCUUUGUAAAAGUUUAUUGUAAAAAAGACUUUUAGUUUUGGCCUCGAGCUCAUAGGGUUAACAUCACAUUUUUUUGUCAAAUUUUAAAUCCAUCAAAAAAAGGUGCAAAAUUUUACAUGGAUUUUUCUAUUUGCAUGUAAAAUCCUUUGUAAAAGUUUCAUGUCAAACGACUUGUCAAUAAUGUCUAAAUUUAUAU